UGAAUCCCAUGGGGGUGGAGCCGGAGCUGAAAGAACUCCUUUGGCAGGCAGAAUAGAGCUUUUAUUGAGGAUAUUUCUAAGCUAACCAUCAGGGACCAAAUCGUUGGAUUGUAAAAAGAAAAAAAAAAAAAAAAAACCUGGCCGAAUCACUCUGCUCUCCUUUUUUCACUCUUUCCCUCACUGCAUCUGUGCGAGACGGAGCGACACAGCAGCAGCAGCACCAGCAGCACCAUGCAAGGACUCUAUCCCCCCGACUCCAAAUCACAGAACAACUAGCUGGGGCAGGAGCCCAGAGAGAGAGAGAGAGAGAGAGAGAGAAAGAGAGAGAGAGAGAGGGAGGGAGGGAGAGAGAGAGUGAGAGAAGAAAGCAGAGAAAGACAGAAGCAGAGAGACAGAGACACAAGUCAGAAGAAGACAGAGAGGUGGAGGUGACCUGUCCAGUCCUGUCCUCUGGGUGUCUCAGGUACCCCCCUCCCUCCCUGCUCCUCCGUCCCCCCGUCCCCCCGUCCCUCCGUCCCCACCAUGCUGGGGGUGUCCCCCCUGUCGCCCUGCUGCCUCUGGCUGCUCUCCCUGCUCUCCUUGGGCCUGCUGCCCCGCGCAGAGCCCUCCGUUCCCCUGGAGGAGUUCUACCCCUUCGGACCGGAGCAGGGGGACGCCCAGACCCCCUCCCAGGACGACGGGGGCUCGGGGCUGCUGCAGAUCUCCGAGGCGUUCCCCUUCUUCGGAGACCGGCACACAGGACUCUACGUGAACAACAACGGGCUGGUGUCCUUCCUGAGAGAGGUGUCCCAGUUCACCCCCGUGGCGUUCCCCAUCGCUGGCGACCGCAGGGUGCUCGCUCCCUUCUGGGCGGACGUGGAUAACCGUCGGGCUGGCCAGGUGUUCUACCGGGAGAGCAGGGUCCCCGAGGUGCUGAAGAGGGCCUCCACACACAUCAGGAUGUACUUCUCAGAGUUCCCAGAGUUCAGCGCCAACUGGGUCCUCGUGGCCACCUGGCACCAGGUGGCCUUCUUUGGAGGGAGCGCUCUUGUACAGGUGAACACCUUCCAGGCAGUUCUCAUCACAGAUGGAGACCUGUCCUUCACCAUAUUCCAGUACCACCUGGUCUCCUGGACCACGGGCAUGCACGCUAGCAGCGGGGGAAACCUGGCAGGGCUGGGGGGCAUCGCUGCCCAGGCAGGUUUCAACGCUGGUGACGGCAGGCGCUACUUCAACAUCCCUGGCUCCAGGACGGAGGACGUGGUGGACGUGGAGGGCACCACCAACGUGGGUUACCCCGGGCGAUGGGUGUUUCGCAUCGACCACGCCCAGGUGGAGGUGGGCGGCUGCAACGACUCCGCCUCGGUGUGCCUCCGCCUGCGGCCGUGUGAGAAUGGAGGCCGCUGCAUCGAUGACUGCAUCCCAGGAAAGCCCUCCUUCACCUGCUCCUGCCUGGCCGGCUUCACCGGCAGACGCUGUCAGAUAGAUGUGGAUGAAUGUGCCUCCUACCCAUGCCAAAAUGCAGGGUCUUGUGAAGACCAGGUGAAUGCCUUCAGCUGUCGCUGUCCUCGGGGCUACACAGGGACGCUGUGUGAGACAGACAUGGACGAGUGCAGAGCCGGGCCCUGCCUCAACGGAGCACGCUGUCUGCAAGCCGUCGCCAACUUCACCUGCGUGUGUGAGCGCGGCUAUGCUGGAGCACUGUGUGAGAUAGACCUGGACGAGUGUGCGUCCCAGCCGUGUGUGAAUGGAGGCGUGUGUGCGGACCAGGUGGAUGGAUACACCUGCAGCUGUCCUGCCCGCUUCACAGGGGCACACUGUGAGACAGAACUGGUUGCGGUGCAGGUGAAUUCAUCCUCCAGUCAAGCUGAAAAUCAAACAGCGUCGUGUGGAGGAGAGGGGUGUGGGCCAAGGCAGACCUGUCUCUACAGCAGCCCUGGCAGCUACAACUGCACAUGCAACCCCGGUUUCUACGGUGACAAGUGUGAAGAGGAGUGUCUAUGCCAGAAUGGAGGGCUGUGUUUGGACUUGAAUGGAACUUGUGAAUGCCCCUCUGGCUACACAGUGUACUGCCAACUUGAGGUGACCCAGACCCCCUGCAGUAACAGCAGGCCGUGUCCAGAUGGAGGUCCCUGUCUGGAGUAUGGAGGAACCUACCUGUGUACCUGCCAUACAGGUGUGCUGGAGCUGGACCCCAACCCCUACCCCUAUGUACAGCCUCGAUCCGUCUGUGAGUCCGGCCCGUGUGAGAAUGGAGGCUUCUGCUACGAGCGAGACGGAGGGUACAGCUGCGAGUGCAAACACGGAUACCGUGGCAAGAACUGUGAGAAAGUCAGAAACGCCUGUGCCUCGGCUCCGUGUCGUAACGGAGCCUCCUGCAAGGAGGCCGAGGGCAGCUACCUCUGUGUGUGCUCCUACAGGUUCACAGGGAAGCACUGCGAAGUGGGAAAGCCUGACCCGUGUGUGUCCAGCCCCUGUGUGAACGGGGGCACCUGCUUCCACUACAUUGGGAAGUACAAGUGUGAGUGUCCCGCUGGCUUCAGCGGGCGCCACUGUGAGGUCAGACACUCCGCCCACACUGCCGCAGGGCCAGACUGCGGCCCUCCUCCCCUCCUGAAGCACGCUGAGGUCCACUUCUCCUCCAGCGCUGCGGGCUCCCUGGCCGUGUACACCUGCCACCCUGGCUACAGCCCCCUGCCCAGGGCCACACACAGCAUCUGUGGGGGCCAGGGGGCCUGGAGCCAGCCCCCGGACUGCCAAGAGGUGGACGAGUGUGUAUCCCAGCCCUGCCUGAACGGAGCCACGUGCCUGGACAGGGUGCACUCCUACCUGUGUGCCUGUGACAAGGGCUUCACCGGGAUCCACUGUCAGACAGACGUAGACGAGUGCCUCUCUGAGCCGUGUGAACAUGGUGGCACCUGUGAGGACCAGUCGGGCUCCUUCCUUUGCCACUGUCCGCCUGGACACAGCGGGCAGCACUGCCAGAUCGAGGAGGAUGGCUGUGAGUCCGCCCCCUGUCUGAACGGAGGGGUGUGUCGCGGAUACCGUCAGACACCCCUGUGCGUGUGUAAAGAGGGUUUCCUAGGCGACCGCUGCCAAACACUGGAGAACCCCUGCGUACUGCAGCCUUGUGGAAACCGUGGGUUGUGCAGGAGUGACUGGAGGGGGAACUACAGCUGCGCCUGCAGAGUGGGUCACACAGGGAAGGCCUGUGAGAAAGACCUGCUCCCCCCCUCCGGCCUGCGCAUGCUGCGUGUGGAGGAGAGUGAGGUGGAGCUUCUCUGGGACCAGCCCGACCCCCAGAGCCUGGUCAGCGCCUUCGCCGUCACGUACGCCCCCCUGGAGGGCGGGGCCAGGAAGACGGACUUCCUGGACGGGCAGCAGUCCAGCCACCUGCUGCAGGGCCUCGCCCCCGGCCUCCUCUACAACAUCUCCACUUUCUCUGUCAAACGCAACGCCAACAGCAACGACGUCAGCCAGCCGGCUGUGGCGCUCAUACGCACACGGCCGAGGAGGGUGGAGCAGCUGCAGGCGGUGAAUGUGUCGUCCUCUCAGGUGUGGCUCCGCUGGCUGGUUCAGGCCGCUCACCACGCCGCCGUCAGCCAGGUGCGCGUCUCUCUGGUGCCCCCUGGUGGCAGCGGGGCCCGCACCGCCCUGCUCAACACCUCCACCACCGAGUACACCUUCAGCUCCCUGCUCCCUGGUCAGCUGUACAGCGUGGACGUGUUGACCCAGAGUGGGGUGAGGCCAGACGAGUUCCCCUCCACCAGUCACUCCGCCGGGCCGCUGCAAGUCUGGACCAGGCCCCUUCCCCCUCAGAACCUCUCCCUGUCCCAUGUGACCACCAACUCCGCCCACAUCACCUGGGACCGCCCCCCUGUGAACCUUCCAGACGGCUUCGUGGUCAACGUGACCCGCGGUUUGAACACCCGCAGCCGCUUCCUGGCCAGCGGGCGCCUGGGGGCGUACACCCUGCGGGACCUCAGCCCCAGCCAGCACUACCACCUGGUGCUCACCGCCGUCACCAACACAGGCCCGGGCCAGCUGCACAGCCUGCCCCAGCACCUGGCCUUCACCACCUUGCCGAUGGACGAUGGUCUGGGGAGGAGGGCGAGGCCGGCGGGGGGUGAGGGGGGCGUCCGAACCCUGACCCCGUCAGAGCCCCAGGACCUGGAGGUGACGGGGGAGAGAGAACUGACGGGGGAGAUGAGCAGAUACACGGAGCUGAAAGACAGCAGAGGAAGAAUCACGGCCCGGUUCUCUAACCUGCCCUGGAAGGUUCUCAGGCACCGCACAAAGCCAGAACCUCCAAUUAAGUUAGAGAGAAUGGAGGAAACAACCAAUAAAAUCAGUCUUGCACUAGAGAUUCAGGAAGAAGGAUCUAGAAGACAGCCAGAGGGUUCCCGGGACUGCCGCGGUGUUCCCUGCCAGAACGGGGGAACCUGUGUGAAGGGGAGCGACGCUUUCAUCUGCGACUGCCCCAGCGGCUUCAAGGGCAGGCAGUGUGAGCUGUACUGCCAGCGGGUGCCUCACCCCUGCACCCGCCUCUACUCAGAGACCAAGAGCGUUCCUGUCUGGGAGGGAAGCGUGUGUCGUUACCUGUACAAGAGGACGUAUAAAGUUCAGCAGGAUGUGUGCUAUCGAGAGAUUUGUGAUCCACUGCUCCCCAAGAAAAGCCCUAACAGAAGAACUAACAGACAACAAUAAUGAUAACUCCUGGUGGACCAGGCCUCAACGCAGCUCCGAGGAGGAGUGAGGCGGCUAAAAAUCUUCUGGAGAACUAACCGAGAUCUGCAAAAUGGGUUGAUAACUGUCCAGACUCAACACCUUGUGUCAAAUAUUUAUAUUUUUUUCUUAAACACGAUAAACAGUCCACUGUAGUGAACCUGUAUCAACACAACACAAGCAUACCUCACUGGGAACACAACACAAACUGACACAUUGGGAAGUUCUGUUUUUGUAUACAUGAAGAUGCAGUUUGGUCCUUCAGGGAAAUGUGUGUCAGGCUGCCCGAGUUUUCACCCUUGAUAAAUUCAGAUUGCCUGUAUUUUUUUUAUCUUUUCGUUUUUUUUCCGUUUUUUUUUUUUUACCACAAGUCAAACUGUUUCCUUCUUCUCAAAGAUCAGUUCUCAACAUCAUACUGGAAAACAUGUCAUGGCCUGUCGUCAUGUCUCAAAGCCAACCUCACUGCUAGCUAUCAUGUAAAUACUGUUUAUAGGCUGUUUUGUAGGUGAAUAUUUUAAUAAUAAAAACGUGAAAAUUGA